AUGGUUGAUCAUGAACAUCUGUGGAGCUGGUCAGAGUCCAACGACUAUGAAUCAUCAUUCCUUCAAGAAGAAAACUUAUUCUCCUUACUCGAUCAAUCACUUUCCUUCGAUUACAAUUCGUUCAUUAACCCUUUUAAUGGUCUUCAAAAUGAAACUUGGUUUUCUUUACAAGACAGCAUUAAUCUCGAUCCCAUCUCUACUUGUUUUCCAGCUGUUGAUCAUAUGUCUAUGGCUUCAGUUGAUUUUGAAGCCUUCUCUACUUUGUCUCAAGAUGUAUUUGGUGAAUUGUGGAAUGAAAAUGCUUGUAAUUUCAAUAACCAUGUCGAACCAGAGAUGGAGAUAAUAUUGCAUGAUGGCAAUAACACAACGAAGGAGACCACAAUGCAGAAGAGGAGGUAUAUAGGAGAUAGACUAAUCCAGAUUUUUUCCAGGGAAGAUAUGAAACCAUACUUCAAGAUGCCGAUUACUAAAGCAGCUAAAGAGCUUGGCGUUGGACUAACCCUCUUGAAAAGGAGAUGUCGCGAGUUGGGUUUUUCUCGUUGGCCUCAUCGUAAGCUUAUUACGAGCAUUGACGGCCUUAUCAAUAACCUCAAGGAUCACUUAGAGAAGAUGGAAGGAGAAGUGAACAAGAGUAAGCUGAUGAACGCUUUGGAGAUUUUGGAGGCGGAGAAGAAAAUGAUUGAAGAGUUUCCUGAUUUGGAGUUUGGAGAUAAGACCAAGAGGUUGAGACAGGCUUGCUUUAAAGCUAACUACAAACGAAGAAGGCUCGUGUCUUCUAGUUCUAUGUCUACCACAUCGUCUAUUUCGUGA